ACACGAGAAGUUCUUUUCUCUAAGUCUGUGAAGCGGAAUCAAGAGAGUAGCUCACAAUACUGGAUCAGUUUUGGUUCUACAUUUAUUUUAAAAUCUCCCUGAACUUAUGGCUUCAGCAUCUAUAUCAGCAUUAAAUUCUAAUUCUUUGGAAAACAGUUCCAGUAAGAAUGUAUCAAGAGAAAGUCUUAGAAUGGAGCCGUUGACAAAUAUACCAUAUUUGCCAGGGGAAGAAAAAGUUACAGAUAAAGAAAUCAUUUAUAUGUGUCCCUUUAAUGGUGCGGUGAAGGGAAAAGUAAACAUUACAAACUAUAGACUGUACUUCAAGAGUUUUGAAGUGGAUCCCAACAUAAUCUUAGAUGUGCCGCUUGGAGUCCUUAGUCGGAUUGAGAAGAUGGGAGGCGCUUCUAGCAGAGGAGAAAAUUCUUAUGGGCUAGAAAUUACUUGCAAGGACAUGAGAAGCUUGAGGUUUGCACUAAAACAAGAAGGACAUAGCAGAAGAGACAUUUUUGACAGCCUUUUUAAGUAUGCCUUUCCACAGUCCCAUAAUAUGCCAUUUUUUGCCUUUUUAAGUCAAGAAAAGUUUCUUGAAAAUGGCUGGAACGUUUAUAGUCCUAUUAAUGAGUACAAAAGGCAGGGUUUGCCAAACGAAAAAUGGAGAAUUACAUUUGUUAAUGAGAAGUAUGAAUUGUGUGAUACAUACCCUACGAUUCUUGUGGUGCCUUUUAAAGCAAGCGAUGAGGAUCUAAGAAGAGUUGCAGUAUUCCGAUCUCGUGGUAGAAUACCGGUCCUCUCUUGGAUUCAUCCUGAGAAUCAAGCUGUAAUUAUGAGGUGCAGUCAGCCUUUGGUGGGAAUGAGUGGGAAGCGCAAUAAAGAUGAUGAGAAGUACCUAGAUGUUAUUAGAGAAGCAAAUGGGCAAACUGCAAAGCUAAUUAUUUAUGAUGCCAGGCCAAAUGUUAAUGCAGUAGCCAACAAGGCAACUGGAGGAGGUUAUGAAGGUGAAGAUGCUUAUCAAAAUGCUGAGCUUAUCUUCCUGGACAUCCAUAACAUUCAUGUAAUGAGAGAAUCCCUUAAAAAACUGAAAGACAUUGUCUACCCGAACGUUGAGGAAUCACACUGGCUUUCCAGCCUGGAAUCAACACAUUGGCUUGAGCAUAUUAAGCUUGUCUUAUCAGGUGCAAUUCAGGUAGCUGAUAAAAUAUCUUCUGGAAAUUCAGUGGUGGUUCACUGCAGUGAUGGCUGGGAUAGAACAGCACAACUCACUUCACUUUCCAUGCUAAUGUUAGAUAGCUAUUUCAGAACAAUAUAUGGCUUUGAAGUCCUUGUGCAAAAAGAGUGGAUCAGUUUCGGCCACAAAUUCUCAUCUAGAAUUGGCCAUGGAGAUAAAAAUCACACAGAUGCAGACAGGUCUCCUAUUUUCUUGCAGUUUAUUGAUUGUGUUUGGCAAAUGACAAAACAGUUUCCUACUGCAUUUGAGUUCAAUGAACAUUUUCUGAUUACCAUUGUGGAUCAUCUGUAUAGUUGUCGUUUUGGCACCUUUUUGUUUAACUGUGAAAGUGUUAGAGAUACCCAGGAAGUCAAAUUAAAGACUCCAUCUUUAUGGUCACUAAUUAACAGCAACAUAGAAAAGUACACAAAUCCUUUUUACACAAAGGAUUCUAGUCGAGUGCUCUACCCUGUUGCCAGCAUGCGUCAUCUAGAUCUCUGGGUAAAUUACUAUAUCAGAUGGAAUCCAAGGAUCAGACAGCAGCCACAGAACCUUGUAGAGCAACGCUAUAUGGAACUACUGGCCCUGCGAGAUCAGUAUCUUAAAAAGCUAGAGGAACUACAGCUUUCAGACUCUCCACGGAUCUCCAAUAACUCUGCAAACUCACCAGUGUCCCCAACUCAAAUAGUACACCAAAUACAGACUCAGUUUUAAGGAAGCUGCAAAGUGUCCUUUUCAGUUUACAAAUAAAUCAUGCAAUAAAUUGCUGCAUAGCCCUCAGUUCCAAUAUGUUUGAAUGCCUUAAACCGUGGUGUCUUUAGAGUUAAAUAUACUCUGUGAGGGAAUAUUAGAGCAGCUUCGUGCAUUGAUUACCUUUAUGCCCCUUUCAGAGUAGCAUGUAGCACUGGCUGCUGCAGAGACGUAUUAACAAGGGCAAGGAGGAAGAAAUCACUGCUGUUGGAAAAAUAAUUAUGUUUAACUGUUAGCUACGGUUUGAUCUACCAUACAGACUAGAUUACCAUAGCUAGUAAAUUUGAAGAAAAGUUAGUUAGUUUUUUAAGUUUUGAACAAAAAUGUGGGUUUUAUGCAUAUGUACACACAAACAUAACUGUAUAAUUACCUCUUUGAAAAUAAUAUGGUCAAUUAGUGCAAAUUUAAAUCUUGGUUACAAUAAAAAUAUAUAUUUUUUGUAAAAAAAAGAUUAAGAGAUUUGUACCAAUCACAUUUUUUUCCUUUCAAGACACAGAAUUGUAAUAUUUAGAACCACUUCUAAACUUACAUUUAUAGAAGAACUUUGUUUUUUAAUUUAUGUGAUCUUUUGUGGAUUUUCAACUCUAUAUAUAAUUGCAAUUUAAACUCAAAGUGACUAUAUUCAGACCUGUUAAAUAAUAGUAUAUAUAUAUAUUAUUAGAACUUUGUAAAUAAUUUUAGUUUAAAUUAUUUUAGAAGUACUGAAGCUGUUUUUGUUUUCACAGAUGACAAGUCUAUAAAGAAAGAUUUAAUAAGUAACUUUACUCUUAAGCUGCUUCAUAAUGACAUUUGGUAAAUUAACAUAUUAAAUCUGCCUGCAAAAAAUUCUAGUGUGAUAUUGCUAAAAUUUAAAUUUAUGAUGGCAAAGCCCAUUUUCAAUGUAUAUUAAAUUUGAUAAGAAAUAUAAAUGCUUAUCUGUACUUUUACUUUCCAUUACUAUAUACAUAAUGUUCAAUAUGAUUAGCUAUUUUCUUGUUAUUUACAAAACAUUUGGCCCUUUUUGCUUUCUGAUGCCUGUG